AUGAAAGACGAAAUUUAUAUGCAUUCAGUGAACACAACUAAUGUUGUCAAGCCAAAUUAUGUUCCAAAAUCCACAACACAACUAGCAUUAAGCAUUAACGAGAGCAGUCGGGGAAUGAAUAUCUCUCAACAGCAACUUCAAAAGUCGAUAAUCAGUGAAGCGCCGAUUUUGCAGGAGAUCCAAGAAAUGGAAGAAGUUCUCCUCCAGAAUGCGAAGAAUCGUGUUUUUGUCAAUCACAACGACAUAAUCCUACAACAUCUCCAAAAUACGGUGAGGAAACUAAGCGAAAAGAUCAACGACAUAUCAGAGUCAUUACAAUCCAUUUCAACAGACGUUUCGAAAUUACAGAGUGCCAAUAUUAAAAAUACGUAUCUUAAAAAUGCUAAUAUCAAUAAAUCUAUAAAUUAUCUUAAUAAGCAUAUCAAAGAUCUGACUCCUAAAAUUGAGGAUUCAGAAACGCAAUUGCGAUUAAUUUUAACCAUCUUAAGAAGUUUUGCUCUGUCAAAUUCCUCAAAACAUCUCAGAAUCGAUAAAAUUGAGAACCAUCUGAAAUAUAUUUAUUCCUCAAUGAAACGGCAAGGGCUUAAAGACAAGCCCAUAGUUUCAGAAAUUAAAGAAGUCUUAGGCUUGCUUAAGCAAUCAAAGGGACCAGUGAAACAGACCACCAAUCAGAAUAUUAUAGGAGACAUUAUAGUAGUUGAGAAUUCACUGAAAAAGCCUUUCAAAUUGAAUAAGAACGAAAAUAAUGGUAGUAUUGCAAGUUCCAAUGAGGUUCAGCGAAUUCCAGAAAUUGAGAAUAUGAGUACACAAAUUGAUUUCAUACAACCAGAAGAGCUUCAAGAUUGUUGGUGGAGUAAUGAAAACAUCUAUACCAUAAAGCCUGUUUCAAAUACUUUUCAAGCGGUACGCUCAACCAAAAAAUCUUCCCAUGCCUUUCCAGAGUUCCAACAGACUGCUCCUCUAGACGCCUGCAAGAAAUAUGGCCGAAAGUCUAAAGUAUGUACAAAAGUUCAAAGUGUUAAUGUCAACCAAUCAAAUAAUGUUAACUAUCUCAAAUCUACUCCCGAGCUGGUAUCAAUCAUGAAUAAAAUAAAGGCUUACAUUCAACAAAUUCGACCGGAAGUUGAGUUCGUCAAUAAUAACAUAUUAACUACUCUUCAUUGCAUUGUGAAAUGUAUUAAGGACCUUGUUCAAACUUGCCAAGGGGAUGCAAGGACUAUGCGAGCGAUAUUAGCCCUUCUGAAGUGUAUGGAAUAUGAACUCUACAAGCAGGAGGGUUCGGCUGAACUAUUGCUUCGAGAAGUUAUUCAAUUACGCAAGCAUAUGGAAGUCGUAUAUAACUAUUCAACACCAAAAAUACAUCAAAAGAAAAUACUGAAAAUCGAUGCAAAUCCAUCCAUAUCCGAAAGAAGCGGAAAACUAGUAGAAACUCCGAUUCUAAAAUGUCUACUUCACCGCUUAAAGGGCAUUAUAAAUCAGUAUAAACCUGGCACUCAGUUCCCGCAAUCGGAUUUUUUCAACCAUGUGAAGUGCGUACUGGAUGCUAUGAUAGCCGUUACUGGAUGCGAUAAAAUCGACGAAGGAACUAAACAGCAGCUCCCAAAGUUAAUGCAAUGUCUUGGGAUUGAACUAGGAAAGCAGAAAGAUGGGAGUUGUUUACUCCAGAAAGUGAAUCAAAUCCGAAGUAAUUUGGGUUCAAAAUCAAAGGGCAUCGAUCCCAAUAAACUGCUGUGCUGCCUAGUGGCUUACUUGAAGAAAUUAAUAAAAAAAGCUAGGCCACAUAUUGAUAUUCCAGAUGCUGAUACGGAAACUCUUCUGUCUUUCCUUUUAGAUGCACUGAAGGAUGCGAUUCAAGCAGGAAAAUUGAACUCGGAAACGCUGAGAAAAUUGCCCAAAGUGAUGCAAUGCAUAAAAUGUUGCUUAAAUGCAAAUGGUCACCUGACACCAGUUUUAAUGGCAAAGAUACAAGAAGUGAUUCGCUUACUGACCAAUCAAGGUAAGAAAUUAGCUCAGAACGAACAUAUGCCCACUACCUCAGAUACCGUGAAUAUUCAAAAAAUGAGAAAGGAUCAAUGUAUUGCAUUGAAGAACCAGAAAGCGCUACACUAA